AUGCUGAAGAAGCCACAGAAGCUGAAGAAGCCACAGAAGCUGAAGAAGCCACAGAAGCUGAAGAAGCCACAGAAGCCACAGAAGCCACAGAAGCUGAAGAAGUCACAGAAGCUAAAGAAGCCACAGAAGUCACAGAAGCUAAAGAAGCCACAGAAGCCACAGAAGCCACAGAAGCUGAAGAAGUCACAGAAGCUGAAGAAGCCACAGAAGCUGAAGAAGCCACAGAAGCCACAGAAGCUGAAGAAGUCACAGAUGCUGAAGAAGCCACAGAAGCUGAAGAAGCCACAGAAGCUGAAGAAGCCACAGAAGCUGAAGAAGCCACAGAAGCCACAGAAGCCACAGAAGCUGAAGAAGUCACAGAAGCUAAAGAAGCCACAGAAGUCACAGAAGCUAAAGAAGCCACAGAAGCCACAGAAGCUGAAGAAGUCACAGAAGCUGAAGAAGCCACAGAAGCUGAAGAAGCCACAGAAGCCACAGAAGCUACAGAAGCUACAGAAGCCACAGAAGCUAAAGAAGCUACAGAAGCUACAGAAGCUACAGUACAGAAGCUACAGAAGCCACAGAAGCUGA